UCCUUUCAAAACCGUCAUUUUUAUCGUGGCCUUAUUUCUUGUAGGUAAUCAAAAUUAUUUUUUGCUAAAUUAUUGUAUUAUGCAUAUAUAAGUAAAAUUUAUAGAGUAUUUUUAUACGCCGCGCAUUAAAUUGUCUAGUGUUAAUUGUGUCUUGAAUAAAGAAUCUAGAAAAUCGUAAACAUGGAUGAUAAUGAGAAUAUACUUGAUUUGGAAAACCAGGACGAUAAGGACAAACGGGUCAAAAUUCAAGUGGAGGGCGAAGAUGAAGUGGUUGAGACUGAAAUGGGACGGAAAAAAAUGAAAAGAUUUCAACUGCCAGAUCUUCCGAGGUGGUGGCAAGCUGUGAUCAUUCAAUAUGCCUUCUCGCAUCCGCAUGUCCGUGCGCGGCUGGAGAAGCACAUGGGCAACAACUUGGUGCGGCUCACGGACAAGAACUACAUGACCGAGCUCGAGGAGAGGAUCCGCGCCGUCAAUGAGGAGAACCUCAACAAGCGGAUCACUACGCGUGUUAUGGAUGAGAUGGAGAGGCUCAAACGACUGAUCCUAGUGGGAAAAACGCCGUUGAAGGAAUGCCCUCCAGAGUUGUACCAUCACCCAGUGUUCGUAUUCUGGCGGAUGGUCAACCGCGAGGUGGCACGCGCCUCCAAAAAGCGCGCCGACGCCUACUUCAGGAAGUUAAAGGCAGCGCAGAAGAUUGAUAUGUCCAUAGACGAAGACCGCGAGCUUAGCACUGCUGAAGAUGAAGGCGAGAGUCUAACACCAGAACAGAGACUUUCAAAAUGCCGAGAACAAUUAGAACAUAAUAAGCAAUUAGACAUCGAGAGGGGCGUCCGCUUCACAGAAGAACAGUUUGCACAAUUAAAGUAUGAAACCAACGAAGUGAAAAUACUUAAGAACCUAACGACGGUGGAAGAGCUGUACGCACUGGCAGAUAAGAUCAUUGGAACUAAGCGUCUUUAAAAAUGUUAUUUAGUUAUUUUUAAGAGUAAUUUUAUUAAUCUUGUACCUUGAAUCAUAUUGUCCUUGGCCUAUCAGUCCUGUCGUAACAAGUUGAAUUCUCAUUUAAGAAAAUUAAAAACAUUGUAAACGUUAAUAAUCGUAGUGAAAGUAAGCAAUAAUGUGAUUUUGUAUGAAUAAAUGUUCAUCAAACAUUGA